AUGGUGAUCAAUUUGGUGAAAUGGUUAGUACCUUAUGUGAAGGUCUCGGAUCAACGAAAAAUCGCACUGUUGAAUUUCAUUGAGAAAGAUACACCUGUCUCCAUGAGUUUCCGCAAUUGGGAGUUGUACAAAUAUCCUUUGCUACCGGCAACCACGAAACACGUUUGGACUGUGAAAACGUCCACCCAUUUGGAAAAACCGCGAUUCUUCAUGCUCGGUCUUCAAACGAAUCGAAAAAUCAAAGCCGGCAAAAAUGCCAGUCAUCUUGAUCACUGUAACAUUACUGACGUCAAACUCUCUUUUAAUUCCAAGUAUUAUCCGUACGGUAACCUGAACUUGGACAUGAGUCACAAUCGAUUUGCAUUACUGUACGAGAUGCAUGCAAACUUUCAAGCCACCUAUUACGGCAAAGAACCAGAGCCUCUGUUGACGAAGACCGAGUUUCUACAGUACAAACCUUUGAUUUUCAUCGACUGUUCGAAACAAAACAAGGCUCUGAAAUUUGGGCCAGUAGAUAUUUGUAUUGAAUUUGAGGCUGAAAAUAACUUUCCAGGCGGUACAUCUGCCUACUGCCCGAUUUUACAAGAUCGUAUAAUUGAAUACAAUCCGCUGGGUGUAUUUUUCACGAUGGAGUUUAUAGUCGAUGUUCAAGGAUUCAGAAGACCGGAUCCUGGUUUAACACCAAAAGAGUUGGCAGUUGUGUCACUCGACGAAGAUUGGAAUCAUUUACUCGCUUAG